AUGGAAAUCUAUGAAUUCCAUCACCUGAUCGCCGAAGGCUUCGGUCCGGAUCGCAGCGCGUUCCUGUCCAGCUUCUUCGCGCUGGUCGGCACCCACGGUCUGCACGUAACUUCCGGCCUGAUUUGGAUCAUCGUGAUGAUGAUUCAGGGAGCAUCGACUAUCCCCUGUUUCUCGCCACCCUGGUGGUGUCUCGUGGUGGUCGCGUCGGGCUGUGUGUUUAACAACUACAUCGACCGCGACAUCGACAAGAAAAUGGAGAGAACGAAGAAUCGGGUGCUGGUAAAAGGCCUGAUCGCGCCGAGUGUCACCCUGGUUUAUGCGACCGUGUUGGGUAUUGCGGGCUUCGCGUUGCUGUAUAUCGCGGCCAACCCGCUGGCCAUGUGGCUGGCGGUGAUGGGCUUCGUGGUUUAUGUCGGCGUUUACAGCCUGUACAUGAAACGCCACUCGGUCUACGGCACGCUGAUCGGCAGCCUGUCGGGCGCCGCGCCGCCGGUUAUCGGCUAUUGCGCGGUGACCAACGAGUUCGACGCCGGCGCGUUGAUCCUGCUGGCUAUCUUUAGCCUGUGGCAGAUGCCGCAUCUUAUGCGAUCGCUAUCUUCCGCUUUAAGAUUACCAGGCGGCCAACAUUCCGGUCCUGCCGGUGGUGAAAGGCAUUUCGUCGCCAAGAACCACAUCACGGUCUACAUCCUGGCGUUUAUGAUCGCCACGCUGAUGCUGACCCUGGUAGGUUAUGCCGGCUACAAGUACCUGAUCGUCGCUGCGGCGGUGAGCGUAUGGUGGCUCGGCAUGGCGCUGCGCGGUUACAAGACCGAAAACGACAGCGUCUGGGCGCGUAAACUGUUCGUGUUCUCCAUCGUCGCCAUCACCUCGCUGAGCGUGAUGAUGUCGAUCGACUUCAGCGCCACGGCGGCGCCUGAAGCGCUGGUGACCUACGUUUGGUAA